AAAGAAGAAGAAAAAAAAAAUGAGAUUACAUUAACCAAGAUGGCUCCGGGAGACGGAGGAAAAACGAUGCCAGAGUAAAACAAGAAGUGGCACAACUACACAGCAGCGUGCGUUUACCCCUCGUUUGCAGCUGAUUUUAACCGGACUGUUCUGUCUUAUCACCGGGGAAGCGACGGGGCCGCGCCGAGAGCUUCCGGAGUUACCGUUACUCUGCUAAAUGCUAACAGGCGGCUAACAUUAGCCUUCAACUGCGGAAGGAGAGUUGGGAGAAGGCUCCAAGUAGAAGCAGACGAGUCGAGCUGGUCCAGAAUAAAUAAGUAACGUUUGGACACUUUUAACAGCCUUGCAGAGUUAACUGUACUCAAGGUGGGGGUCUGGAAAGUGUCGUUACUUAUCUGAUAAGGAAAGCUGGAGAGGCGUCAUCUGCUUAUUGACGCCAUGGCUCACUCCCCUAUUCAGACUGGACUACCGGGGAUCCAGAAUUUCAAAGCUGACCCGGAGGAACUUUUCACCAAGUUGGAGAGGAUAGGGAAAGGCUCAUUUGGAGAAGUGUUUAAAGGCAUCGACAAUCGGACUCAGAAAGUUGUGGCCAUUAAGAUUAUUGAUUUGGAGGAGGCAGAGGAUGAAAUAGAAGACAUUCAACAGGAAAUCACAGUGCUAAGCCAGUGUGACAGUCCCUUCAUCACCAAAUAUUUUGGUUCCUACCUAAAGGGUACAAAAUUAUGGAUUAUUAUGGAAUAUUUGGGUGGAGGAUCAGCUCUUGAUUUGUUGGAACCAGGAGCCCUGGAUGAAACACAGAUCGCUACAAUCCUGAGGGAGAUUCUGAAAGGGCUUGAAUAUCUUCACUCUGAGAAGAAAAUACACAGAGAUAUCAAGGCUGCCAACGUGUUGCUGUCCGAGCAAGGCGACGUGAAGCUGGCAGACUUCGGCGUAGCGGGCCAGUUGACAGACACGCAGAUAAAAAGAAACACUUUUGUUGGAACGCCUUUCUGGAUGGCACCUGAGGUCAUAAAGCAAUCUGCCUACGACUCAAAGGCAGACAUCUGGUCAUUAGGUAUAACAGCUAUAGAGCUGGCUAAAGGAGAGCCGCCCCACUCUGAGCUUCAUCCCAUGAAAGUUUUGUUCCUCAUCCCAAAGAACAACCCACCGACACUGGAAGGAAACUACAGUAAACCACUUAAAGAAUUUGUUGAAGCCUGUUUAAACAAGGAGCCCAGCUUUAGGCCGACAGCUAAAGAGUUGUUGAAGCAUAAAUUUGUUAGGCAAGCAAAAAAAACGACCUACCUGACAGAGCUGAUAGACAAAUACAAGAGGUGGAAAUCAGAGCAGUCGCAGAACGGCUCCAGCUCUGAUGAUUCUGAUGAGGAGUUGGAAGGUAAGGCAUCUGGAGGUGGCAACUCUAGUGAUAAGGAUAAAUGGAACUUCACCUUCAAGGAAAAGGACUUCAUUCAGGUUCCUGAUAAAGUUCAGAACGGGGAAGCUCAGCGUGUGGAAUUAAACAGAAAGCAGGUAAGACAGGUCCAGGAAAGUCCAAAAGGCUCCCCGUCACAAAGCCUAUCGUCAAUAUUUUCUCCAUUGUUCUCCGAGCUCAAAGACAAGGGUGAGACGAGCAACGGCAAGCCGGAAGCUGCAGAGGAGCUGAGGAAAGCUAUUUUCCUGGCAGAUGACGUGCACCCGGGGAUCUGUGACUCUCUGGUGGCUGAACUACUGCAGAGACUUCAGAGGUUUUCGGUGCCUCAGGUGGCCGCCACUCAGUGACAGGAGAAACCUUCCAGUCUGUUCUACUUUCCAACCCUGGUGGCAGCAGUCAGAUGUCCUCUGACCUCCAAAAGCUGAGAUGAAGUCUCCUGAGAAGGUCUUCAUCGCUCGUUAGCCUGAAGCAAACCCCAGCACACUUACCGUCUGUUUGUACGCUGUCACAGCACCAGAGGGUUCUGUUCAGGCCGGUCAGUGGUUGCCCAUUCAGCUGCCACCUGCUGUACGAUGUCUCAUCUGUGUACCUCUUUCUCAGCUGCUUGGUUUUGAGUAUAUAUAUAUAUAUAUAUAAAAAAAUUUUUUUGG